AUGUCUCUCUCCGGAAAGGUCAUCAUCGUCACCGGCGCCUCCAGAGGCAUCGGCAAAGCCAUUGCAAUCCGAGUCGCGGCCGAAGGUGCCAAGGUUGUGAUCAAUUACCUCUCGAACUCCAAGACUGCCGAUGCGGUGGUCGAACAGAUUGGCGCGGACCGCGCUAUCGCCGUGCAGGCCGACGCUUCCAAAAUCACGGAUAUAGACCGUCUUGUCGAUGCUACCGUCGCCAAGUUCGGCAAGAUUGACAUCGUCAUCCCCAAUGCUGGGAUUCUACUCGUCAGGGAUCUCGAAGCCACAAGUGAGGAAGACUUUGACAAGGCCUUUGCAGUCAAUGUGAAGGGGCCCUAUUUUCUGACCCAGCGAGCUGCUAGACAUAUGCCCGCGGGUGGGCGUGUCGUCCUCAUCUCUACCUCUGUCAAUAGCGCAUCCUGGAUCUCAGCAGGCUAUUUACUUUAUGCCUCAACCAAAGGCGCAAUUGACCAGAUGACCCGCGUCAUGGCCAAGGAUUUGGGUCGAAAGGGAAUCCUCGUUAAUGCCAUUGCGCCAGGACCCACGGAAACGGAGAUGUUCUUCGAAGGAAAGUCGGAGCAAUUGCUUGAUUCUCUCCGUAAAACCAAUCCUUUCAAUCGAUUCGGACAGCCAGAAGAGAUCGCCAGUGCGGUGGCAUUCCUUUGCGGUUCAGAUAGCAGUUGGGUAUCGGGACAAGUGGUGAGGGUCAAUGGAGCCAUGGCAUGA